CGUCGCGAAUUCCCCAGAGCUCGGCCGAGGUGCAACUCUGCUCAGAUCUACCCGCCUUUUCUUUUCCAAUUGCAAUUCAGACUCGCCUUGUAUCGCUAGCUGUACCUACACCAUACAGAUUUCUACAGAAAACUUCACAAUGAGCGGCCCCGGUGUUGGAUUCGAGUACCCCCGCCAGCCCGUCUCCUGGGUCAAGCGCGAUGUGCUGCUCUUCGCGAACACCGUUGGUGCUACCGACGACGAGCUUCAUUUCCUCUAUGAGCUUCACCCUAACUUCGCCGUAUUCCCUACCUACCCUCUCAUUCUCACAUUCAAGGGCGACACCCAGGAGGUAGUCGACUUCUACGCCGCCCAGAAGGCCGUCCAGAUCCCCAACGUUCCUUCCUUCGAUGCCCGCCGCGUCGUCGACGGCCAGCGCAAGAUUGUGCUUAACAAGACCCUUCCCCCAACCUCGGCUGGCAAGAAGUUCGAAGUCCGAACCAAGGUUCUCGGUGUUUACGACAAGGGCCGUCCCGGCUCCGUCGUCGAGACCCAGACCGACUUGGUCGAGCUCCCCAGCAACGAGGUCUACGCCAGCGUCAUCACCAGCAGCUUCUACAUCGCCCAGGGCAACUGGGGCGGCCCCAAGGGUCCCGCGACCGAGAACUUCCCUCCCCCGAAGGACAAGAAGCCCGAUGCCACCUUCUCUCAGGCUACGAACAAGGAGUCAGCACUCCUCUACCGCCUCAAUGGAGAUUACAACCCUCUGCACGCGACCCCCGAGCCCGGCAAGAAGAUGGGCUUCCCUGGAGCUAUCAUGCACGGACUGUACUCGUGGAACUCAACCGCUCACGGCCUGCUGAAGGCCCUCGGUGGCAGUGAUCCUGCCAACAUCAAGGAGUACCAGGCGCGCUUCGCCAGCCCCGUUAUGCCCGGCGACAAACUGGUGACGGAUGCUUGGAGAACAGGCGAUUUCAAGGAUGGAUGGGAAGAAGUUCGCUUCCAGACCAAGGUUGAGGGCGGAAAGAUCGUUCUUAGCAACGGUCGCGCACUGUUGAAGGUUGUGGAGUCUCCCAAGUCGAAGUUGUAAAAUAAUGGAUUUUGGAUGAGAUUUUGGAACAUUAUUUCAAAUUUAAGCACAGCAUUUUAUGACGCAUUUGAAAAA